AUGGAUCAGCCUGUUCCCCCCAUUUCCUUCGCCGAUUUCAGCGGCGCCCCCGUCCCCAAAGCUGAAGCCGCUACCACCGAAGCCGCCCCUCCCCCUCAAGCAAUCAUCUACACGACGAUCGUCCGCAUCUACGUAACCCGCACCGGCAACGACCCCGGUAGUUCCUGCGAGCUCAAAUCCCAGGUCUACCUCUCCAACAACGCGACGCAGACCGCGAGCAUUGACGUGUCCAUCAACACGGACUUCUCGCACAAUAACAACGGCCUAGGGCUGCUGCUGAUCGAGAUGUCUAGGCCCAACAUCAACGCGCCGUUGAACUUCAACGCCACGGCGUAUGAGGAGGGCGGCGUCGGGAGUGGCAAUAGGUACUUUAUCCAAAGGCCGAUUGACUUUGCGAGAAAUCCGGAGUUCAUGGAUGGGAGAGUGUGGACGUGGAAGCAGUGGAACACUAGCGACAGCAACUAUGUUGGGCAUACGGAGUGGCAGGUUGUCAGGCGCUUUGCAUGA